AGAGCCCAGGGCUGGCGCGGGCGGAUCCACCCUAAGGGCCGCGCGUGUCCCCGGCCUCGGCCCCGCCCCUCCCCGUCCAAUGAGAGCCCGCGGCGGAGGGGGCCGUCCGCACACUAGGCCCGCAGCUCCCCUCCGCGCCGCAGAGCCCCGGAUACCGCACUCAGGGCUCCGGCGCCGCGCCCCAGACCCCACGUUCAGCGCGCCGUCGUCAGCUUUCGGAUACCGCAACGCGCGCCCCUCUCCGGGACGCUGCGCCCCGGCUCCCGGUGACCCUAGGUCCCUAGCCGGCAGCACGCCCUAUGGCCCCCCGGGGGGUGAGGUAGGAGCAGCCUGAGUACCACCUGACGGGUCCCCGUCUACGCCCCUGCGGGCUGCAAGGCGGGAGUCGUGGGGAGCUAUGCUGAGGCCGGGUGGUGCAGAGGAAGCUGCGCAGCUGCCCGCUCGGCGCGCCCGGGCCUCUGUCCCCGAGCCCGCGCCCAGAACCGCGGUCCCCGACGGCUCCCGGGCUUCGGUCCGCCUAGGUGUUACCUGCUUGCUGCUGCUGCUGACGCUGCCGGCCCGCGUAGACACGUCCUGGUGGUACAUUGGGGCACUGGGGGCCCGAGUGAUCUGUGACAAUAUCCCUGGUUUGGUGAGCCGGCAGCGGCAGCUGUGCCAGCGUUACCCAGACAUCAUGCGCUCGGUGGGCGAGGGGGCCCGAGAAUGGAUCCGAGAGUGUCAGCACCAGUUCCGCCACCACCGCUGGAACUGCACCACGCUGGACCGGGACCACACUGUCUUUGGCCGUGUCAUGCUCAGAAGUAGCCGGGAAGCAGCAUUUGUAUAUGCCAUCUCAUCAGCAGGAGUGGUACAUGCUAUCACUCGUGCCUGCAGCCAGGGUGAACUGAGUGUGUGUAGCUGUGAUCCCUACACCCAUGGCCGACAUCAUGACCAACGUGGGGACUUCGACUGGGGUGGCUGCAGUGACAACAUUCACUAUGGCAUCCGUUUUGCCAAGGCCUUUGUGGAUGCCAAGGAGAAGAGGCUUAAGGAUGCCCGGGCCCUCAUGAACUUACAUAACAACCGCUGUGGUCGCACGGCUGUACGGCGAUUUCUAAAACUGGAGUGCAAGUGCCAUGGUGUGAGUGGUUCCUGUACUCUGCGCACCUGCUGGCGUGCACUCUCAGACUUCCGCCGCACAGGUGAUUAUCUGCGGCGGCGCUACGAUGGGGCUGUACAGGUGAUGGCCACCCAGGAUGGUGCCAACUUCACAGCAGCUCUCCAAGGCUAUCGCCGUGCCACCCGGACUGAUCUUGUCUAUUUCGACAAUUCCCCAGACUACUGUGUCUUGGACAAGGCUGCAGGCUCCCUAGGCACUGCAGGCCGUGUCUGCAGCAAGACAUCAAAAGGAACAGAUGGUUGUGAAAUCAUGUGCUGUGGCCGAGGGUAUGACACAACUCGAGUCACCCGUGUCACCCAGUGUGAGUGCAAAUUCCACUGGUGCUGUGCUGUGCGGUGCAAGGAGUGCAGAAACACUGUGGACGUCCACACUUGCAAGGCCCCCAAGAAAGCAGAGUGGCUGGACCAGACCUGAACACAGAUACCUCACUCAUCCCUCCACUUCAAGCCUCCCAACUCAAAAGCACAAGAUCCUUGCAUGCACACCUUCCUCCACCCUCAGUCCUGGGCUGCUACAGCUUCUGUUUAAGGACUUGGAGAAUAAUCCAGAGGGACCAUGGUGUCCUGAUUAGUUCCUUAGCCCUGGGAAGGAGUUGACAGGGGGUGUGAGAAACUGAGCAGCUCCCUGAUCUCCUCUGGAGGUGUGAAUGGAGAGAAGAGGUAGGGGGUCUUCAGAGUGGUAUGAGUUGCACUAAAGUACCUAGCUGAGGCUCAUUUUUCUUAUCCCUUGCACUGGCUUCCUGACACUUCUUAGGUGUACAAGAGGAAGGGUACCUGGAUAGUUUCUAUUUUUUCUACCUGGCUAAGGUUAGACGGAACAGAGAUGAAACUGCAUGCCCCUUCCCUGGAGUCAGUAUGAGCAGACAGCCCAGUACCCCAAAGGAAAGGUGCAACAUUCCUUUAUUAUUGAGAGCCUGAGAUUGCUAGACAAGAGUUAGCCAAAGUGGACAAAGUUCUAUUCACAAGGUCCUAUGUUUAUGAACUGCUGUGUUUUGUAGGGAAGACAGUUGUAUAACUAUACAAACACACUUUUAUUCAUUCUCUUCCCCUUUUCCACAUAUAUCAGACAGUCAGUACUGCCUCUUUUGCUCACUUGCUGCCUAUUUGAACUUAGGUAGUAGUAGUAUACAGUGGUUCCCAUGCCUAAGAGAUCUUUAGAAACACCCUAGAACAAAAAGUCUAGCUUAGCCUUGGGAUUUUUUCCCCAUACAUUAUUCUGGGGGUUAGCCAGGUUUGGGGAAAAAAAGAUAAGUGACUCAUGGAGGGUGGGAGAGGGUAAGCAGGCUCGAUCUCAAGGGCCCACAUGAGCCAUCAGUGUAAAUUGGGCAGGUAGGGACCUCUGGCUUCAGGAAUGCUUUAGGAGAGGAUCCUAGCCUUUGAUGCUAGGAGCAGGAACCUGGGACUACAGUGGGAAAGAGAGCUGGGGCUCAGGACCAAAGUGGGAACCAGCUUAGAAGGCAGCCUUCCGCCAUUUACUCAACAUGUCUGUACGUAGUGACUCCAAGUCCUGAUGAUGAUUAUUGUUCACUCCACACUGGGCUUUGGGGGGGUGGAGGGGAGGUUCCUUCUAUGCUAGUACCUGUUGCCUAAUUAGGUUUGCAGCAGUAGUGGAGUCUCCAGAAAUAGCAGACUCAAUAAGCUGGGGUCUUGAAAACCUUAAUGUCCUAUUUUUGUGUGACUUGGACAGUGGUUAUCUCUUGGCUGUUUAUAUUUUAAAGCAGCAGAGUGGUAUAGAAAUUCAGUUAUGACAGACCUGGGAUAAAAUCACAGCUGUGCUACUGGUUUCUGGUGUUUUGAGCAAGAUACCUAAAAUUCUCCAAGCCUCUGUUUUCUCAUCUGUAAAAUGAUGAUACAUACCUAUCUCAGAUACUGACUUUUUAAGUAUGCCCCAAACUCUAGCCAACAGAUAUCCUUCAGCAAAGCCUCUGACAGUUCUAGCCCAUUAUGAUUUCUCUGAGAACCUUUAACUGAGGACUGUAAAGUACUGACAGCAGGCUGUAGAUUAAGGGGCCUACAUUAGGCAUUCUGGAUAUAGGCCCCCUUUCCUUUCCCAAGUUCCUCUCCAACAUCCCUUGGGGUCCUCAUAUGUUUGUGAAGCAGCUUUACUCUGCACAAGCAGCAGGAGAUUGGGGGAAUCAUAGCUCUAAGCCGUGGGGGCAGAUUUAUUUGGAUGAUAGGACUAAUAUUUGUGUAACCUGCUGAGACCUGUGUGGGAGAGUUCAGGGUGGUUUUUCUUUUGGUGAGGGGAUUUGCUCCAGUUUCACAACCAUUAACACAAAACAUGAGCUAGUCAGAACCCUUGUGGUCUGUGGUGAGGGGAUGCCUGUGGAGAAAUGGGACUGAGUGAGUCAGGCCAAGGGAAUGUCUUCCUUGCAGAGUGGGGUCAACUGGGUAACUGAUGAGCCAAAGGUGGGAUUAGGGAGGGGGAAAUAGUAGGGGAAGAGAAGAGCUGAUGACAUCUUGAGCUGGGAUUAAGAGGAGGAAAGCUUUGGGGUAGCGGGGAGUAAGUGAGUCAUGAUCAGUCUGAACUUAAGAUAGGGCUGAAUGAAUUUUCACAAGUGUUCUGCCUUGUAUGCCAGGCUGCUGGGAAUAGCCCCAGGUUCCAGCCAGCCCUUGCUCUCACAAGAACAUCCAGGGUACCCCAUAAGACACGUGAUGGCAUAAGCCUUCCACGGAAAAAUCAACCUGAGUUGAAUCUACCUGUGCCCUAUUUUCUAUGGUAUUUGCCUCUCACCCUGUGGAGGGAAGUGGGCCUUUUCUGGCACCUCAGACUGCUCAAUGCUUUCUCCUGGGCUCCAAAUUCUAGCUCAUAAAGAUGCAAUUUCCCAUAAAUAGUUAAGGGAAGAACAGGCUGCUCAGAGAAUGAGAAAUUUGAAAAGCGAGGUAGGUAAGGGAAAGGGUGUCCACCUGAGCUCCACUAGAGAGGCUCUGUGGCCCCAAGAAGGAAUGAUGGCCAAGCAGUUAAUUUUUCCUUUUAGUCCUCAGCCUGCUUCUGCAUUCCGAUUGGCUUUAGACAACUGGCGUCCAUUCUGCACUAUACACAAACAGAAACUAAUUUAUUUGGAAGAAGUAGCAAAAUGAGAACUUUAUUUGGCGCAGUCAGGGCUCCGUUUAGUGACUUGAUGCUGCUUCUCCUCGUCCUUGUUCCUGUCCCGCCUCCAUCCCACAGGUCUGUUCCUCACAUCAGCAGUGCCUGAGGUCCUCUGUCCUGCUACUCCUUCUUGUUGUACUCAUUUUUUCUAACUUCUAAUAAAUGUUUAGGUAUAAUGUAUUGCAGUAAGUGCUGUUUAGAUACAAAGUUCACUUAAAAGAGAUGAUCUCUGUUAAGGAUCUUAGACUCUUUUAGAGAAGGCAUAGGACUGAAGUUCCUCAGCUGCACAGCCUGCAGCCAGGUCUUAUGUAAUGGGAGAUGCUUACUUUAACCUAGCUCUGAAGAUAAAAGACAUCUUUUAUUAUUACUAGCCCUGAAUAAUGGCACUAAUCCACACUCUUCCUUAGAGUGAUGCUGGAAAAAUGAAAUCAGGGACUUGAGAUUAAUUAACAGAAUCAAACAUUGCCCGGCCCUGCACGUCUGUUUGCAAAAUGUCUUACAGGUCUAACUCACUGCCUCAUUUCUAUUCCUUCCUGUUGCAGAGAGUAAUUUCUUCUCCUUUCUCCCACUUCCCUUAUCAAAAACACCAACCACUAAGUCUCUGCCAAAUUCUUAGACCCACUCAGGACAUGAGUCUUUACAUGGCUUAACAGAAGAGAGAUAAUAGAAAGACUGGGGAUUUUUCCCCAUAGCCUUUCUGAGGUUUUUAUUUAAAUGCUCUCAGUGGUCACAGGGCAGAAGCCCAAGCGAGCUGGGGAGAAGGGAGGACCAGGGAGAGUAGCUUCUCAUCCCUGGGAGGCAUUCAGCCUAGCUCCUGCAGCCAAAUUACAGCACCAGAGAACAAUGUGGUGCAUUCCUGGGCAGGUCGGUGGGACCCUGGGCGCCUGGGCCUUGUGGAGAGAGGUGCCAGACACAGAGCUCUCCGUAAGCAAUCCUGCAGAGCCGCCCCUUGGGUGCAGAAAUGAAAUACGGGAGAGCUUCACAUUACACAGAGACCUGUGCCUCACACCUAGUUAUUGAUGGCCUUGGUGGAGGCCGCUGCCCCCACCCUCUACUUGGGAACUGCCUGCUACUUUGGGGGUUGGGCAUCUUUGAAGUAAUGUUGGAAAACAAGAAAGAAAUGCUUCCUCUUCACUUUUUGUCUUUUUUUUUUAAUUAAUUUUCUAAAAACAGAAUCUCACUCUACUGCCCAGGCUAGAGUGCCAUGUCAUCAGCCUAGAUCACAGCAGCCUCAAACUCCUGGGUUCAAGCCAUCCUCCUGCCUUGGCUUCCCAAGUAGCUGGGGCUACAGGCGCCCGCCACAAUACCUGGCUAAUUUUUCUAUUUUUAGUAGAGGUGGGGUUUCACUCUUACUCAGGCUGGUCUCAAACUCCUGAGCUCAAAUGAUCCAUCUGCCUCAGCUUCCCAGAGUGCUAGGAUUACAGGCGUGAGCCACCACACCCAGCCACCCUUUGCCUUCCUUGACAGCUUGAACACAACUGUGAGGUUACAUACAGACACACACAGACACACACACACGAGGUGCACAUGUAUGGACACACAUACAGCUUCUCUCAGGCUGCAUAGUUCUAGCCAUUCCCUUCUCCUCCCAAAUAAGAAAAAAGCAACUAGAUUUUAAUCCAGUCCUUCAAAAAGCAUACCAACAGAGUCCAGCUCUAACCAAGGAAUAUUAUCAGCAUGCAGGUAACUGUUUGGUUUGGAGGUAGUCGGGGAAGGAUGUAGAAAGGGCCUAGAGAGAAGAAAUCACUGGUGGAGAAUUACCAUCUGAGCAGAGCGGCUAAGACUGGACAACUUCUCAAGGCUGAUUUGUGCUGGGGAGUGAGACGUGCACUCUAUACGCUGUGUGUACUGUGGCAGGCAGUCUCCUGUGACUGCCAAGCCUGCUGCUCAUGACCUGCUUUUGUUUUUGAUUCUUACUGGGUUAGAAAACAGGAUAGCUUUGGAUUCCAGGGAUGAUCUCCUUAGGAGAGAAGCACUGGAAGAGACCAAGCAACAGCUUUAUUAGGGUAACUAAGUCACAGUUGCUCCAUUGAAUUGAGCUUUCCCAGAAGCUUAUUCUCCUUGGGUGACUGGCAGGUUUCAGGCCAUAGUUAGUAGGGUUUCUGUAAAAUGCCUGUCCCUGACCUCAAAGGUAAAAGGGAUAGAAAAGAGAAAGAGUUUAUAAGCUCAUUUUCCUAUUUUUCCAUUUAUGGUUUAAAUUACCUCUGAGCAUCUUUGUAGCUGUUCUUCAUUUACAUAAGAUGUUUUAGUAAUUCUAGAUUAAAUGCAAGGUAAGCAUUCUCCUCUUAGCCCCCAUCUCUGAAAUAUCCUGGCUUUAAAAUUACCUUUUCUCAUGGAUGGAACAGCUGGACAUGGAAGUUCUCUCUCUGACCAAAGAAGCCAAAAUCUGGUGACUUUACUUCAACCCACCAGCCCCUGUAAGCAGCCCUGACCAAACGGAAAGGCUAAGCUGAAUGAAGAAUAAAAGGAAGACCAUUUCAUCCACAGUUGUCCUAUUUGACAAGGUGGAGCUUCCCCAAGAAUAACAUUCAUACAGAGCUUUUUGUCUGCACAAUGCUUUAGCAUAUAUGUAACCCUCACAACAACCAUGUGAGGUAGGGGUUACUGUCACCUUACAGAUGCGGUGACAGUGAGUGGCUCAACCAGAACGCAAACUUAAGUCUUCUGACUUCAAAUCCUGUGUAGUGUCCUCAAAGUUUGAGGAUGCCCAGGAUUAGGGGCGCCAGAGUCCCAGCACCUUCAAAAAGAAAUUGAUACAAAAUAUUCAAGCCCCAUAGGAGUCCCAGGACUGCCACAAGAGUAUAUGUGAGCAAAGUUUACAAAGGAAUAGCCAUCCUAGGCCCUCUGAACCUCAUCAACAAAUCCCCUUUACCGUUUUUGCCACUAUCAUUACACCGCCAUGUGAUCACUAAACCUCAUAUUCCACAUUUAAAUAGCUCUGGUUCCUAGUUUUCUCUAUUCCUCUUUCCCACCUUCAGAUAGACAUUAAAAUUUUUGUUUUAAUUUUAUUUAGUUCUUUUAAAGUGAUGUUAAAUGUGUAGACAGAGUGGAGUAGUCAUGAGAAGUCAUGAGAGGAAAUUAUUAAAGCUUUGGGCUUUUAAAAAGUAUAUGUCAGAAUUUCCUUUGAGUCUUUACUCCAUGCUAUGGACUCCUAGGUUAGGAAAGUAAGAACAGGAAGUGACAGUGUGCUGAUAAACUAUCCUACCCCAAUCCAGAUGUUUACCCGUAGCCCAGUAAAGGUUCUUAGACCUCUAGCUGAGACUAGCCAUUCAUCUACAACAAGUCAAGCAGUAUCUAACCUGCAGAGAGGAGGCAGACAACAGAUUUUUGAUUUAUCAAAAACUUUUGCAGCUCUCAAACCCCUCUUCCCACCCUCAUUCUGUUUAGGUGCAAGACAGCAGGAAAAGGCAGCUCCAAGAAAGGGUGUGUACAAGGGGAAUCCUUCCCUGCUCAAUCCUGGAACACAUUCCAUUAGAGACAACAUAAGCCCUUGCAUACCCUACCUAUCCCACUCCUGCACCCCAACUGUGAAGGCAGAAAGGAAAACUGCAGGAACACAACAUUCAUCAAUCAUAGACCUGGGAUGCUACAGCUCCCUGGCCUAGGUCCCUGCUUGAGAUAGAGGAAGAACAUCUCAGGGAAACUGUCUACCUAUAGUCAGGACUUCUCUCAGAGCAAACCUUCUUUUUUGGUCCAUCGAUCUCGGUUCUUACUACUCUCUCUGCUUCCCACCCCCACUGCCUCCACAUGUGGGCUCAGAAGUCAUCAUCUAAAGAAUUCCACUGUUCACCUCCUGCAUAGCAGCAUAGCCCCAUGAGGCCACACACCAGAUGGAGGGGAUAAAAGUACAAGGUCAUGGCUUCUAGCAAGAGGCUUUUUCUUAAACUAACCCUGACUCCUGGAAAAGAGUAGGAGAGUGUCGAGUGAGCUGCUGACAACAGCAGCUUCUUAGGUCUUGUGUAAAACGGAAGGACAGAGCUAACUUGGCUUUCAGUGGAAAUUUCCCUACUCUCAUCUCCAGGUGUAUUUCUGGUCUCAUGUCUACUUCUUGGACAUGUCUGAGUAGGGCAGAAUGCAGAGGUUGUCAAACCAGAGGGUUAAAUCCUUCCCAAUCAUAGGGAUCUAUUUAGCAGGCUGCCACACACAUGCUGAGGUGGAGGCCAAGCCCUGAACACAUGACCUGUUUCUCUAGAAAUGUAACUAUGAAGUAAAGGGAAAUGGGAUGGAAGGUGACUAGAACUAUGAGGAAAUUGCAAAGGUCAUCAGUAGGCCUUUAAAAUGUUUGUGUAUAAAAAGUAAAGACGAGAGGAUGGAAGAUCAUACCUAGAAUCACUAUGCUUGUUGGGUGACUGUACAGAAGCAAUAAUUACAAAGUAAACAGUUUUAUGAAUUGGGAAACGGAAAUCUGAGAGUAAAGGAAUCAGAUAAAUAACAUCAAUCAGAGAUGGUAUUCUGUAGGAGGUGACUUUUGAGGUGGAUUUUUUUUUUUUUUUUUUUUGUAGAGACAGAGUCUCACUGUACCGCCCUUGGGUAGAGUGCCGUGGCAUCACACGGCUCACAGCAACCUCUAACUCUUGGGCUUACGUGAUUCUCUUGCCUCAGCCUCCCGAGCAGCUUGAGGCGGAUUUUUAAACAGUUAUAUACAAACUUGCUGAGGGCAGUCAGGGGCAGACAUUUUAAAUAGAAGGAACUGGUAUGUGCUGAACCUAGAAGAAUGUGCAAGCAAUAUAUAAGGAAUUUCAAGCAAGUAUACAUUAUAUACACUGGAGAACACAGAGACAUUAGCAUGCUGAGAUCAAGGCUUAAAUAAUGUGAGAAGACUGCGUGCACCUAGACUGCCAAAUGUCUUGAUCUAUGUCAGUGAACACCAGGACACCUAUGGAAAAGCACAAGGACGAGUCCACUGGCUACAGAUACAGGAACUAAAAGAGAUCUACACUGUAAAGUUCAACAGAAUACUACAUAUCCCUAAUGACAGCUCCUUAGCAUUUGAGAUUCUGGACUAAGUAACAGAUCUCAAAUGUCCUAUUCAGAACUAUGAGGCAUUAAUGUGGGCUUACUGGCCCAGAAUCUGGCAUAAAUCAAACCAAAUCCUUAAGAAAUUCGAAUGUGAAA